AAAUGCAACUCCAUCAUAAGUAAAAACAAGCCAAUAAAGACUCUAUCUGUAUCUUAGUAGCUAUGCAAUCAUGUCCACACUUUCAAAACCCAAAAUUUACACUUAAAACUCUUUCUUCUUCUUUUUCUUUCUAUACCAAACAAUGUCUUCCUCAGCCAUAGUUGCAGCAAGCUCAUCUUCUUCAUACACACCCACUUUCAACAGACACAACAACAUCAAAACCCCACCAAAGAUCCAAUCUUUAUCAUUUGGGGUUGUUCAAAAAACCAUUUCCCAUGUCUUCACACUCAAAAACUCCAAGAGGGGUAUUUCAGUAAAAUCACCAAGACAACUCACAUGUAAGGCUGCUGAGGUUUCAGUUGCAGAGGAAUCUUCAUCUUCAGGUGGGAGAGGAGAGAAUUGGAUCCCUGUGGUUCCACUCUCUGCUCUGCCUAAAGGAGAGAGAAGAGUGAUUAUUCAAGAUGGAGAGACCAUUCUUCUUUUGUGGUAUAAAAAUCAGUUGUUUGCUAUUGAAAAUAGGUCUCCUGCUGAGGGUGCUUAUAGUGAAGGUUUACUUAAUGCCAAGCUUACUCAGGAUGGAUGUAUAGUUUGCCCAUCAACUGAGAGCACAUUCGAUCUUCGAACCGGAGAAGUGAAGGAAUGGUACCCGAAAAACCCAGUUCUAAGAGUUCUAACACCAGUCUUGAGGAACUUGUAUAUUUAUCCAUUGAAAACUGAUGAAGAAAAUAUAUAUAUUAGUAUCAGUGGUGGCAUUGUAAAACCUGAUGAAGUCUCUGCUGAAAUUGUGUUUAGUGGUAAAGCUCAGCCUGGUGUUACUGCUUCUGAUGUCAAUGUUGAAGAGGUAAGAAUGGUGGUUGAUGAGAGUUCAGGAGGGUUUGGUUUCACUGGGAAGAAUGAGAUUAUAAAUGGAAAGGCAGCUGUAAUUGGGUUCUUGCUAUUGUUAGAUUUUGAGCUAUUAACUGGUAAAGGUAUUCUUAAAGGCACAGGCUUUUUGGACUUUAUUUAUUCUAUUUCAAAUGCUUUGCAAUAGAUAUAAAAUAGAUAUAUAGAUUAAUCAAUAUCAUAUUCCUCUGUAACCAAAUGAAGAUCUUUCUUUUGUUUUGUUGAGUUUUACUCACUUUAUGUAUUAAUCUUUUUUUAAUGUAAUUUCUUGUGUAGAAAUUAAGAUGAUUAUCUUAUAUUGUUUCUUCUUCUUUCUUGUUCUUAAUUAUAUAUAAUUUUGUACUAAAUUAUGAUACAAUAUACAUGUGUACACUUUUGCAAGUAAUGAACAUAUAAUCAUAUUUUUUU